CUACAAUAGUUGAGUCAGGGACCAGAACAGCAAAUGCAUUCAAUAAAGGUUAUUGUAUUUUGUUUCACCCUGAAAUUUCACCCAAAAACACAACUUUGCAAAACUUUUUGUGAGUACUUUAAGUAGUGGAUAUAAAAAUGCAGAUAAAAGCUGACUGAAUCCAAAGCUUUGAGGAAUAUGAAAAAGGGAUGUCAUCUUUCCUGUUAGCUGUCACGUUGUUCUAAACAACAGAGGUAAACUAGGCCAAUCAAGAUAAAGGCAUAUAAUGGCAUCAUAAAAGAAGGCGGUUACAAUGAGGUGUUCGCUGUAACUAAAGAGACUACUGCUCCCAACCCCAGUCAGACAACUUCUAAAAAAGUAGAGAAACACAAGCACUCCAAUAAGCCGUGAGGAGCAACAAAGCCAACUGGACACACAGGAUAGGAAAAGUAUUCCCUGGAACAUCUUGAGCAAAGCACUGCUGGGCCUUCAAAACAAGCAAUCAACAAUGCAUGUCAUUGUCCGUAGAUGGGAGGAGGACAGCGACUUGCACAUAGACUACAUAUCGGACUAUGUGAUACUUCUGGUUUCCAAGUUAGCAUUAAAUGUCUUUGUUUUGUGCUACACCUGCAGUCGUGACUACACCUGCUGGCAUGGCAUUAGCAGUCUGUCCGUUGUUCUGGCUGACCUUGUGGUGGGAAUGUUCAUGGUCAAAAUUUGGUUAUUUGGACCUGAUGACAUUGCAGUUCCCCUCUGCUCGCUUUUGACUUUUACUUCAAAAACAUAUGAAGCUUUGCCACUGCCCUUGAUGGGCCUGUAUUUGUGGGACCUUUGGUUAGAAGACACCUGCUGCAACAAUUGGAAAGCCUCAUACAAGGUAGUCAAGAAUAUAGCACUGACCACUGUAUUGUGGAUCAUUGCAGUUCUAAAUGCCAAUAGGGCUGUAAAAGUAAAUCUGAUAGAGCAAAGGACUGCGGCUGAUAAAAAGGUUUUAUUGUGUGAGGUGCAGGAUGCAACACUAGUCACCUACUUUGCCUUACUUAUUUUCAGUGUCAGCAUUUGUUUGAUGCUGCCCUACUGCUCAUGGAUUCCACAAUGGAUCAGCGAGGCUGAGAGGAUGUUUGAAGCAAGGGAAAAACAUAAGAUGAAAAAUUUGGUCACAUUAAACCAAUGUGCACGGAUGACCCCGCUUGAGCUAAUGGAGACCCCCAUGCCACGACCACCACUGUGGCUCAGCCUAGUCUUGGGCUUCAGUACAUUAUGGAUGCCAUACGUGGUUAUAAUAACAGCCAGUCUGCUUUUAGGCUUCUGUCUACCUUCUUUUAUUGGGGUGAACCUUAUGUGGUUGGAGUGCACAAACAGUGUCCAAGCAGGUGUGAUGUUCUGGGUAAAGAGCUGCACACGAGGGCCUUACGUGAGAGUACCGACAAGUGUGUGCUCAUGGGAGGUGUACUGGCAUUUGAGUCAACAAAGUGAUAUGAAACUCCUUUCACCUGUGUUGAUCACAAAGAAUAAACUUUAUGUUUAAUACGUUUAUACAGUUGUAAGUCGUAACAGUUUCAAUGUGGUCCUAAAUGAAUUGCAAGUUGGUUCAAACUGCAUUUGGAACUAUAUACACUGCUGGCCAAAACUAUUGGCACCCCUGCAAUUCUGUCAUAAUGCUCAAUUUCUCCCAGAAAAUGAUUGCAAUUACAAAUGUUUGGUUGUAAUAUCUUCAUUUAUUUUGCUUGCAAUGAAAAAAAAACACAAAAGAGAAUGAAAAAAAAACUUAAAUCAUUAUUCCGGGCCGGACAAAAGUAUUAGCACCCUUCAGCCUAAUACUUGGUAGCACAACUUUUAGACAAAAUAACUGCGAACAACCGCUUCCGGUAUACAUCAAUGAGUUUCUUACAAUGUUUUGCUGGAAUUUUAGACCAUUCUUCUUUGGCCAACUGUUCCAGGUCUCUGAGAUUUGAAGGGUGCCUUCUCCAAAGUGCCAUUUUCAGAUCUCUCCACAGGUGUUCUAUGGGAUUCAGGUGUGGACUCAUUGCUGGCCACUUUAAGAAGUCUCCAGUAAUUCUCUUAAAUCAUUUUCUAGUGCUUUUUUAAGUGUGUUUUGGGUCAUUUUCCAGCUGGAAGACCCAUGUCCUCUGAGGGAGACCCAGCUUUCUCACACUGGGUCCUACAGUACAUUAUGCUGCAAAAUUUGUUGGUAGUCUUCAGACUUCAUAAUGCCAUGCACUCAGUCAAGCAGUCCAGUGCCAGAGGCAGCAAAGCAACCCCAAAACAUCAGGGAACCUCCGCCAUGUUUGACUGUGGGGACCAUGUUUUUUUCUUUGAAGGCCUCGUUUUUUCCCCUGUAAAGUCUAUGUUGAUGCCUUUUUCCAAAAAGCUCAACUUUUUGACGGAUGGUACGGGUUGACACUGUUGUACCCUCGGAGUGCAGGACAGCUUGAACUUGUUUGGAUGUUAGUUGAGGUUCUUUAUCCAACAUCCGCACAAUUUUUUGUUGAAAUCUCUCGUCAAUUUUUCUUUUCCUUUUCAUCUAGAGAUGUUAGCUACAGUGCCAUGGGCUUUACACUUAUUGAUGACACUGCACACGGAACAUUCAGGUCUUUGGAGAUGGAAUUGUAGCCUUGAGAUUGCCCAUGCUUCCUCACAAUUUUGCUUCUCAAGUCCUCGGACAGUUCUUUGGACUUUUCUCCAUGCUCAAUGUGGUACUCACAUGGACACAGGACCGAGGUUGAGUCAACUUUAAUCCAUUUUAACUGGCUGCAACUGCAAGUGUGAUUUAGUUAUUGCCACCACCUGUUAUGUGCCACAGGUAAGUAACCGGUAGGGAUGGGAAUUGGUUCCAUGUGUGUUUCAAUUUUAUGGAAACGUUUAGCAGUUUAUUUAACGAUUCUCGUAUCGAAUUACGUCUUGUAACUCACGCACGUUGCACACUUUCAAUUCAACAAGUAAGACUACAUGGUUACUCAAAGAGGGACCACUCAACAAGUAUAAUCUGAAGAGUCGUCGCCAAGUGACAUUGCGUUGUUUUUUACAGGCCAGGUUAUUAUUCAUGAAACUAUUUACAGAAAUGGUGAUUUUUCCCAAAAAGUCUAUUAAUCGGUCUAUCGUAUUCCUCGUCAAAUACUCUAUAAGAAAAAUACAACAAAUAUGGUAAAUGGUAAAUGGUGUUAUACUUAUAUAGCGCUUUUCCACCUUUCAAGGCGCUCAAAGCGCUUUACACUACAUCGCCAUGCAUCUAAAAUAAUCCUAAACAAUUUUAUUAGCAAUUUUAAUACUCCAGUUAGAAAGGUUCCUUGGGUAUGCGUUUGUUCCCAUACCAACCAAUGAGUUACUUCCUGUUAUUGUCCUAUGUCACACGCGCUGCGUAUUCUGGGACCGAGAAUAGGCGUAAGGUGUGCAUUUCGAGCAGAGUGUGGCCACCUGUUUAUCUGUGUGCGUCUAUAAACGAAUAUAAGUAUUUCCUCUUCAUGUUUUUAAAUCCCAAUCCAAAAUAAAUCACUACAAUAGUUGAGUCAGGGACCAGAACAGCAAAUGCAUUCAAUAAAGGUUAUAAUGUAUUUUGUUUCACCCUGAAAUUUCACCCAAAACCACAACUUUGCAAAACUUUUUGUGAGUACUUUAAGUAGUGGAUAUAAAAAUACAGAUAAAAGCUGACUGAAUCCAAAGCUUGGAUUAAUAGUGCCAAAGAUCAACUCCACUCUCCGCUCCUUGCGUUCUAACAGACACCCCGAGGCAAAUGAACCAUAAAACAUAUUGAACCCAGAACCUCAUACAGUCCAUUAGUCCAAAUUAGAAUAAUGAGAGAACCGAUAAAGAAACGAAUCGUUAAGCAAUAUUAAUAAUGGAAUCUGAACCGUAAAAAUCGUAUCAAUUCCCAUCUCUAGUAACAGGUGCUGUUAAUUACACAAAUUACAGAAGCAUCACAUGAUUUUUCAAAGGGUGCCAACACUUUUUGUUGAGUUUUGUGUAAAAAUGAUUUUUUUCCCCAUUCUCUUAUGUAUUUUCUUCAUUGCAAGCGAAAUAAAUGAAGAUAUUACUACCAAAGAAUUCAAGAAAAAUCAAACAUUAUCUGACGGAAUUGCUGGGGUGCCAGUACUUUUACUUUUAUUUUUACAUCGUCCAUUUAUAGAAGUGUUGCAAAACUAAAGGGACAACAAAAUCAAAUCAGUUGGUUAAUACGUUGAUGGUUAAAAUGAAAUGAUAAAAGUCCCUCCACAUUUCCACUAAGACAAGCAGUCGAGCUUUUAUGGUUUGGAAUGAUGCGAACUACAUACUAGUACUGCACUAUUUGAGUCUGUUACAGCCACGUGGUGCAAGUGACAAUUGCCACAUUUACAUGGAGCCAAAUAUUCCAAUUACAAUCGGUUUAGAUGUUCAAACCGAAUAAAUGUGUUCCAUAUAAACACCUCAUUCGGAAUGAACAGGCCCAAACCGAAUGGAAUUUCAUUCCGAUUCACAGGGGUGGAAUAUUCCUUUUCCCAAACCGAUUAGAAGUAAAAUUAUAUCAUGUAAACAGGGAAGCGGAAUGGUGUCUGGUUGCGUUCUUUCUGCACAUGCUCCGUACUGACGUGGUGACGUCACUUUGUGACGUAAGUAACGUCACUUGCAACAUGGCUUCCAAGCACACGCACAGCGCACCUAAUUGGAGUCCGGCGGAAAGUUUAUAUCCAUGAAUCCCUCCACCAGCCCACACAACUUUUUAAAUGAACGGCGUGUCAUUCUGAAGUUUUGUUUCCACUCGAAAAGUUAAAACAGCAGCUGAUCUGACGAUCCAUCUCUAUGUUUUGCAACGUGACGCUUUGUUUUGAUUAAUCUGCGCAAGUCAGACGGCAGUUGUCAAACGUCCUUUCGGAAUAAAGGCAGACACAUGUAAACGCUGGAUCGGAAUAGAUGAAGUGACAUGUAAACAGCUGAUCUGAAAUUUCCAUUCGGAAUGAUUUGAAUCGGUAUGAAUAAAAGUCAGCAUGUAAACGUGGCUAUUGUUGUGCAACUAAAUACUAGAGAUGUGUUUUCAUUGUUAUUUCUUUGUUUGUUUCUCAUGAUUCCAUAUAUUUUUCCUCUGAAUGAAGUCAUUCAAUAUUUAUUUCCCUGCACUGUCUCUAUAAAAGUAACAUUUACGGACCACCACAAUGUUUUUUAUUCAUUUCUUUUACUGUUUCUGAAUGCGAAGAGUUUUUGAACUUUUGAAUAAAUUCAAUAUUUUUUCAAGCUUUUUAUUUGAGUUUGUUUUACAUAAUAAAAUAUCUGAAUGCUCGUCCGAGACUGGUGAUUCUAUACUUUUUGGUAGGGGUUGUAUAAUGCAAAUAAGGUUGCUUAAAAGUUGGUGGGGACUAUUUGAGCAUCCUGAAAAGUUGCUUGUGUUAUGUCCCUAUCGUCCAUUUGCAAACCUACGCCCUUGGCUUGAUUACUGACUGGCAUCGCAAAGGUGAGGAGUACACAGGAAAGUGCUUGGUGCCUACAGUAAAACAUGGUGGUGGCAGGGUCCUUAUAUGGGGCUGCAUGAGUGAUGUAGGUGUUGAGUUUAAUAUAAUCAAUUGAAUUAUGAAUUAUGAGAUGUACUGUUGUAUUGGAAAAGAAAAGUUAUCAUCAUUCCAUGGCCCUGUUUGUCGUUCAGAUGUGUUUUCAUUGUUAUUUCUUUGUUUGUUUCUCAUGAUUCCAUAUAUUUUUCCUCUGAAUGAAGUCAUUCAAUAUUUAUUUCCCUGCACUGUCUCUAUAAAAGUAACAUUUACGGACCACCACAAUGUUUUUUAUUCAUUUCUUUUACUGUUUCUGAAUGCGAAGAGUUUUUGAACUUUUGAAUAAAUUCAAUAUUUUUUCAAGCUUUUUAUUUGAGUUUGUUUUACAUAAUAAAAUAUCUGAAUGCUCGUCCGAGACUGGUGAUUCUAUACUUUUUGGUAGGGGUUGUAUAAUGCAAAUAAGGUUGCUUAAAAGUUGGUGGGGACUAUUUGAGCAUCCUGAAAAGUUGCUUGUGUUAUGUCCCUAUCGUCCAUUUGCAAACCUACGCCCUUGGCUUGAUUACUGACUGGCAUCGCAAAGGUGAGGAGUACACAGGAAAGUGCUUGGUGCCUACAGUAAAACAUGGUGGUGGCAGGGUCCUUAUAUGGGGCUGCAUGAGUGAUGUAGGUGUUGAGUUUAAUAUAAUCAAUUGAAUUAUGAAUUAUGAGAUGUACUGUUGUAUUGGAAAAGAAAAGUUAUCAUCAUUCCAUGGCCCUGUUUGUCGUUCAGAUUUCCAACAUGACAGCUUGAUAGCUUUUGUUUUGUAUGUAGGAGAGGGAACCUCUUGUUACCUCACGAUACGAUACGAUUUGCGAUACAAAGCUAACGAUAACGAUCUGACAAUACGGCGAUAU